AUGACAAUAUGCACCUGGAAAGAGCAAGUGGAGUUCAGGAGGCAGUACUGGAAUAAGCAGAGUGAGUUGGGUGAGUUACCUGUGCGGUUCGUGAAGCAGGAGCCGAGAAGGGCGUAUAUUGCAGGACAGGGAGGUGAGGAAGGAGCAGAGCUGAAUGGCACAGGGAACAGGAGGAGCAACUGGCUGCAGCCGAUAAGGAUGGUGGAACUAUUUGGGGGGAUAGGAGCAGGAUUGGCAGCAGUAUUAAAAGCAGGGGUUGCAGUCAAAGAAUGGAUAUACGUGGAGAAGGAUACACGAGUGCGGAAGAUGGCGGAGAACCACGCGAAGAAGCUGCAGGAAGAGUAUCCAGAGCUGUUGGGAGAAGAAGUGAUAGAGCGGGCCAUGCGUGGGACGGUGAGAGAUGUGAGACAUAUAACACGAGAUAUGGUGCGCAGCUGGGGGCACGUGGACCUACUGGUGGCAGGGUGGGAGUGCCAGGGGGUAUCGAGAGCGGGGAAGGGAAAAGGCAUGGAGGAUCCUAGGGGGGCACUGCUGUUAGACCUGCUGCGCAUUAUGGACUGGAUAAAGGAAGGACAGGGGGAAGUAACAUACCUACUGGAGCACUUGGACCUGGAAGGGGACUUGAGAGAGCCCGUGAGAAGGGUGAGGGAACUGGUGACAAAGCGGUUGGGAAAGGGAGUCAGAUGUGAUGCAGCAAGGCUGGGGGCACGAGCGCACCGGGUAAGGCGCUAUUGGCAGAACGUAGUACUGGAAGACCAGCUGCAGGAGGAGCUAGAUGGGGUGAAGCGGUCAUGGGGUAGGACAGUGAAGGAUAUACUGGAGGUGGGGAGGAUGGCGGCACCAGUGAAGAAGGGCAGACACGAGACACAGUGUCCGUGUAACAAGGUGGGGGAGGAGCGAAGGGCGUGGCCAACUCUGGUGGCCUUUGAGGGAGCAGCGGGAUUUAGAAUGGAGAAUGGCAAGGCAGGGGAAGGGAUGGUGUACGACCACCGAAAGAAGCAGUGGGAAGAACCAUCAGCGCUUGAGCGAGAGCUGGCGAUGGGGUACGGGGAGGACAUAACACGGGCGGAGGGAGUCACAGAGCAAGAAAGGCGCAGCGCGCUGGGAAGGGCAAUGGAUGGACAGGUAAUGCUGUGGCUGACGCGCAGGAUGUGGAGGGGACUGGUGUGGGACAGCACCCAAACACAGGAGGAGGCAAGGGAAGUAGCAGAGAAGAUGGGGGCAUGGGCAUGCAUGCCAGCAGGAGCAAAGGAAGCAGAAUGGGAGGUGGGAGAUGCAAUGAGCCCUGACGGAAGGAAGGCACUGCAGGCGGUGCUGGCCAGGUUCCGCCAUGCCUUCGCCUUCACCUUGCAGGAAUUAGGGAAAUGCACCGUUAAGGAGAUGGAGCUGAAAUUAAUGACGGAGGAACCGGUGUUCCAGAGGAAGCCGCGGAUGACGCCAGGGGACGCGGAUAUCUGCAAGGAAAAAUGCAAGGAGUUAAUAGAGGCGGGACUGAUUCAGCGAUCCGAGUCCGAGUAUGCCGCGCCGACCGUGAUAGCGGCUAGGAAGGACCUGACGGGGGAGAUACUGAGCAGGCGCAUGUGCGGGGACUACAGAGCGCUUAACAAGGUGACUGUGCCAGAUCGCUACCCCAUGCCAGCUGCGGAGGAGAUCUUUGACAAGCUGGGGGCAGGAGAGAUAUUCAGCACGCUAGACUUAAGGCAGGGCUUCAAUCAGAUUCGGAUUAGGAAGGAGGACGUGCGCAAGACCGCGUUUCAUGGAGCGGACGGAUUGUACGAAUGGCUAUUCAUGCCUUUCGGGCUGAGGAACGCUUCAGCAAUCUUCCAGAGGGUUAUGGACAGUGUGCUGCGGAGCCUGGACUGUGCCGCCUGUUACAUAGAUGACGUAGUCAUCUUUAGCAGGAUAGAAGAAGAGCACGUCAGGGACGUGGAGCGAACGCUAGAAGCGCUAGCAGCAGCGGGACUCACCUGCCACCCAAAGAAAUGCAGGUGGGGAGAGGCAACGGUGCACUACCUGGGCUAUGAGGUGCGGGGCGGACAAAUAGGGAUCCAGAAAGCGAAAGUGGAGGUGUUAGACCGACUACAGCAGCCGAAAGACAGGACAGGACUCAGGGCAGUGUUAGGCUUCCUAAACUACUACCGACGUUUCGUGCCCAACUUCAGUAAGCGGGCAGCAGCACUCAACGGCUUGCUACGAAGUAGAUGGGGAGGAAAGGGUGGUGGCAUAUGCGAGCAGAAGCUGCAGUCCAGCGGAGGCGAAGUAUAG